AUGAAACAAAAUAAUUAUUUUUAUUAUCAUGUGCAUUUAUUGUAUUUAAUUGUAAUCCUAUUCGACAAUAUUACAAAUGUUCAAUCAGCUUGGUUUUAUUCCGGAACUAAAAAUAUGGAAAAAACAACAUCUAAUCCUUUUGAUACUCCAGAGAAUGAAGGAAAAACACAGAAAAUAUACUAUCUUAAAUCUGAUGACAAUAUAUGCUUUAUUAUGAAAGCGGAUAUUAAACUUGUUAUUCCUUUGAAGGGAACAAAGAACAAUAUUACAUCCCAUUUGGAUUCUACAAUGAAAAAUAUCGAAUUUUCUGGAUUCUGUCAUUCUACUUCAACUUAUUUAUCAGUGAAAUGGAUACAUUCAGGUCAAAAAGCUCCAUGGCUGUUAACAUUUAUUUUCAAAUUAUACGCAAAUGAUUAUUAUACAUUUGAUUCAACUAAUUUUGAUUAUGUAUUGAAUGAUGAGGAAAUUUAUUCAAGAUCAAAAGAUGAAGUAUUUUCUGUUCAAAAAGACCAAUAUUACAAUUGUACUAAAACACUAAAAAUUGAACUUCACCCUUCGGACCGAAAUUAUAGUACAGUGCGCUUAAUAUUCAAAAGUCUUGAAGUCGAAGCCUUUCGGGAAAGUCCUGGAACUAGUUACGUUGGCAAAGAAUCACAUUGUUCCAAAGAUGAAAAAGAAAGUUUGACAUAUAUCAUUGUGAGUAUAUCUAUCUUUACUAUGGCUGUGGUCAUGAUAUUCGUGUUGUGCUUAAGCAAUGAUGAAACUCAAAUAGUUGGAGUUGAUCAUUAUAGAUAA